AUGUUUGAGGUCAAUGGAGAGUACAUGGUUACACCCGUCGAAGGCGAAGCGAAAUCGAUCAUUUCGAGACCCCCGUCGCCCCAGCUGCAUACCAUCGAAGAAGAGGACGAGGUUGAACCAACAGCUCCACUACCUCAGCCACCCGUUUUGCUCAAGGCCACCGAGUCGAAUAGCUCGAGGUCGAUGAGCCACGGUUUCUCUACGCUCCCAGAGAGUGAAGAAUCCGAUUCUGAUGACGAGGAACAAGCCAUGGCUGUCCUCCGGAAACGUCUCAGGCGUGCGGCCAAACCCCGUGCACCUCGCGACUACUACUAUUCCGACUCCGAAGACAUGGACAAGGAUACGCCAUCCUUCUGGGACACUCCAAAAACCAAACGAAAACGCACACUGUCGGCAGCUGUUCGAGAUACCGUUCUAAAGCGACUCCACAAAGAGGUGCUUGGCCCCGACUACAGUUCCGGUGACGAGUCACCCGAGAAUACGGACGACGAGGAAUAUGCUGAAUGGCUUAAACGCCCACCUUUUGGAACUCGCAGGCUUCUAGAUCAAACCUUCUAUUCCCUCCCCUUCCGAUGCACGAAUCAAAUCAUACCCUAA